AUGCAAUUGAAUGCCCCCCGUUUCGGGGCUUUCAUACUGAUCCUCCUCCAGAGUCUUCAUCUCGUACAAGCAGAGAGACUUCUUUCAGCGGAGGGGCUGACAAAAUGUUCCGACAGUUCCGAAGUCCAGAUUAACAACUUCAAUGCUGUGUUCACCCCCGGCAAUUCAUCGAUCAGUCUGAAUUUUGAUGGUUAUUCUACCGUCGCUGGAGAUGUACUGAUUGAAGCGGAAUUAUUGGUAUAUGGCUACAAAGCCCUCACCAAGACUCUCGACCCGUGCGAUCUUGAUUUAUCGGUCUUUUGUCCCAUGAAAGCUAUUGAACUACAACUACCAACAAUCACUCAAACCCUGGGCAAAAGUGUCCUCUCAGAAAUCCCAAGCAUCGCUUAUACCGUCCCCGAUAUCGAUGCUGUGAUUCGGAUCAAAAUCAAAUAUAAGAAUGGAGCAUCUCAAGGAAAACAGAUCACUUGUUUGGAAACCCGAGUACACAAUGGAAUUACUGUUUAUCAGGCUGGUGUAUGUUGGGCACUCGCCAUCGUCACUGGAUUGGGCCUUAUCGCAGCCACGGUUAUCUCUCUUCUCGGCUACUCCAACACGGCGACCCACCUUGCUUUCCGAUCGCUCGCUUUCCUCGGGUUCAUCCAGACACAGGCAAUGGCCGGUAUGACUUCGGUGGCCAUGCCGCCGUUUGUCCAAUCGUGGACUCAAAACAUGCAAUGGAGUAUGGGAAUCGUCCGGGCGGACGCUCUUCAAACAAUUGCGACUUGGUUCCAACGCGCUACUGGAGGAACUCCUUCGACCGUAUUGACCGAUUCGCAAAUGGUUUCCCUAGUUUUGCAAAAGCGUGGAUCGAUUACUCGCCGAGCCUCAUCGACAGGAAGUCAAAUCAUUCUCCGCGGUAUUCAACGAGUUGGAAUCCGGGACUCCAUCGAACUGACUAACAUCUUCAUGACUGGAUACCUCUUUUACUAUUUCGUCACUGCACUUGUGGUCGCCUGUGUCGGUAUUAUGCUCCUCGUUCGUGCCGCUCUAGCCAAGAAACAAACAGCGCUUCCAAAACUCGACCGCGCUAUGGGCGUGUCCGCAGACUGGAAAACCGUCCUUCGCAGCACGUUCUUCCGCAUCGCAUGCAUUGGAUAUCCCCAGAUGUGUGUCUUGUGCCUCUGGGAGCUGACCCGUCGCGAUUCGGCUGCCGAAAUCGUUCUGGCCAUUACCAUGUGGCUGGUGACGACGGGAGUGCUCGGAUUCGCCGCAUUUAAGGUCUUCCAGCGCGGAUUGCGGUCUAAGCAGCAGCACAACACCGCCGCAUACACCCUCUAUUCCGAUCCUGCGACCCUGAACCAAUGGGGUUUCUUGUAUAUCUACUACCGAGCUCCGGUGUACUAUUUCCUAGUUCCAUCUCUAGUUUACAUCAUCGUCAAGGGAAUGGUCAUUGCCUUUGCGCAAUCAAAUCCAGUGGCACAGACCAUUGUUCUCUUAAUUCUGGAACUCGCCAUGAUGCUUGCAGUCGCAAUCAUCAAGCCAUUUAUGAGCAAGGGCGCCAACGUCGUCGCAAUCACUACAGGAGUGCUGAACUCUCUCAACACAAUUUUCCUUUUGGUCUUUUCCGAUGUCUUCAAUCAACCCGACCUCAUGACCGGAAUUCUGGGUGUCCUCUUCUUCAUCUUCAACGCGCUCUUUACCCUCGUUCUCCUGAUUUACCUGUUGGUUGGCAUUGCGUACGCCGUCUUCACCAAGAAACCAGAUACCAAAUACCGACCACUCGCCGACGACCGCGACUCGUUCCGUUGGUCUCGCAACGGCACCACAACCGAACUGUCAUCUCUUGAGAAGAUUGCCAGGGGUGAAGAAGAUACCGAGGCUCACCCCCACCACCCUGCGCGUGUCGCUACUGCCCCGCCCAGUGAUGAGGAUGUCUCUAUGGCAGCCAGAAGACCCUACAAUGAUGUGGUCGAUCCUUCGCUGCCACUGUUCCCCACUGGUUAUGACCACUCCCGACGAAGGUCCUGA